AGGAGCAGAAAGAGGCACUGCCAGUUCCUUUUUCACAAACCCUAAUUCAAUCGAGGGCAAAAGAAUCUAAUAUUUUCUAUUGAAGUCCGUCACAAAACAAUCAAACCCAAUAAAAUGAAGACUACCACUUUUGCUGCGACCGCUGCCGGUUUGGUGUGCGGGAAAAUCUUGCACGUCUCCUCCUUCGCCCCCUCCUUGACCACAUUCGAAAGUCCGAAUCGCCAUGCAACAAGUAAAGACUCCGUAUUUUUCACUCCGUUGUCCAUGUCUCCUCCAUCAACCGACGGCACCGCAGAAAAGAUAAGCUUUAUCGAUACAGAGCUGCGAGGAGCUGCUAUGAAGUUGCACACUCGGGCCCAGGCCCCAAAAGAAGGACAAGCAGAAGAAAAGAAACCAAGAGAACCGUACGAAACGACUCUUGACGACUAUCUGGCGUUCCUCGUCGAUUCACAACACGUGUAUAAGGCUAUCGAAAGCGUUGUCAACGAAAGAGAAGAGCUGGCAGUCUUCCGAAAUUCGCCUCUGGAUCGUGUUGUCGCUCUCGACACCGACAUUGAUUUUAUGGUAAAAGAAUACAGCCUCGAGAAACCGAGUGUCGGCAAGGCUGGCCAAGACUAUGCCGAUGUGAUUCGAGCGUUAGGAAAGGCUGAUUCCAUUCCAGAAUUUUUAUGCCAUUAUUACAACUAUUACUUUGCGCACACCGCAGGAGGCAGAAUGAUCGGAAAGCAAAUGAGUGCACUUUUGUUAAACAAGAAGACCCUCGAGUUUUACAAGUGGGACGGGAAACUGCCCGAGAUUAAAGACCGCGUUAAGGAAGAAAUUGAAGACAUGGCGGCACUGUGGUCUCCCGAGGAACGCAAAAGAUGCACCGAUCAAACCAUGGCGGCCUUCCGAGGAGGUGGUGCCAUGAAUGCCUAUCUUUCUGGUGGACAAUCGCCGCACUAACUUCUGGCUAGCUACAACACAUUGACUCGGAUACCAGCAAAACAUACCGUGUGGGGAAAAAAGAAGGCAUGAACUAAAACGGUAGACAAAACCAAUUGAAAUCACUAUCGUGCUUCGACUAUGGUCCAUUGCCCAAAUGGAAGCAAAACUAGAUUUGAAAAUGUUCCUUUUCAGUAAUCUAUUAAUGAGAUGAGUUGGAUCUUGGCUGCAAUAUCUUCGACAUAAAUACUGCGUUAUUCA